AUGCCAAGAGGACAGUGGAGAAAAACAAAAAAGGCAGUCGUCGAGGAACCUCAAGACGACGAUUUGAAGAGGUCGUCAACUCGCUCCAGGUCUGCAAGUACAAGGCCCAAUUAUAAGAUCGAUACUGAAGGAUUGGAUAUCAAUGAGCCUGGCAGUGAUGAUGAUGAGUACAACGAAGAAGCAGAAGUUGCUGAAGAUGAGGAUGAGGAUGAAGAUGAGGGAAACCAAAAGGAUACAACCUUAAAGAGAACAUUGGAUGAUACUGCCGAUGGUGCUGUGUCUGAGAAUGAGGAUGAUAAACCCAAAUCAGAAUCAAAGAAGGCCCGUCUUUCUUCAGAAACGCCAGCAGAGACCCCAACAGAGAAUGUUUACGUGGUGGCCGGUUUGUUAGAGGAUGAAUACGACUUGCCAGCUGAUCCAGUAGGUGAAAAGAAGAUCACUAAAAAUGGUGAGUUGUUAGAUGGAAGAGAGUUUAAAGUGCGUACAUUUACAUUAUUAGAUAAAGAGGAUAAACUUUUCAUGUUAGCCACUGAACCUGCAAGAGCUGUAGGUUACAGAGACUCUCAUAUGUUUUUUGGUCAAAAUUCGAAUCUAUAUAAGUUGAUUCCAACCCAACACCAAAAGAAUAAUUUAGUUGAACGCUCGUUAAUCCCAUACUCAUACAAGAGUAGACAUUUCGGUUUAGUCACAGCUAGAAGUGUAUUUAGAGAAUUUGGUCACAGAAUAAUCAAAGAUGGUAAUGAAGUCGAUGAUGAUUAUUAUGUAUCCACUCCACAUCCAAUCAGGAAAGCUGAAUCAAGAAAAGUAUCAAAGAGAGGUAUGGAAGGACUUGAUAUAUCAGAUGCAGCAAAUGCAAUGAAUCCUGCUAAGAAUGCGAUUGAAUUUUUCGAUAGAAGAUCUCAUUUACAAUAUGUUGGGGAUACCGCUUCGGGUAAUAAUAUCAACGCAACAAAUUGGUUGUAUCAACAUGCAGCAGCAUGCAGCAGGUUUAAUAGCGAUAUGUAUUACGACAGAAGUCGUUACUUAUUGAUUGAUCAGCAAGGUAUUAGAGAUCCGUAUACUAACGUUUUACAUUUACCACAAUCUACACAAUCAACCACCGUAAUAAGUUUCAAAAAAAUCAACGAUAAAGAAACCCUCGAUAAACCUAAGAAUAUAAUAUAUGAAACAAAGAUAACUAAUAGAGAUUUAAAUAGACCAAUUACAGGUUUAUCAGAUGUAUCACCUGAGCUUUAUGAAGGUUUGGUCUCUGAAGAAGUUAAAAAUGCUAUAUUAAAGCAACAGGAAUAUGAAAAAAAUAAUUAA